AUGGUCGACCAGGCAAUGCUAGACCAGCUGAAUGCGGGCUUCAGAAAGUUCCAGGAUUCUAAGGACUACAAGUCGCUGCUGAAGAAUUACAUCACCAAACAUCGCUUCGAAAAACUCAAGACUCGCAAGACGGCCAUGGGAGCCACCUUGUACGACAUCACACAGUUCGGCGUGGAGAACCUCGACAGAGGCGUCGGCCUUUGCGCUUCGGAUGCCACAUUGUACAUGGUGUUCGCCGACCUGUUUAACCAGGUGAUUGAGGACAACCACGGCGCCUUCAAGGCGACCGACAAGCACCCGCCCAUGGACUUCAGAGACCUCAGCACCCUGGUCAACGUGGACCCCGACGACCAGGUCGUCAUCACCAUCCGCGUGCGCUGCGGAUGCUCGUUGCAGGUCUUCCCUUUCAACCCGUGCGUGAUGGAGACCCAGUGCUGCGAGAUGGAGGAGAAAGUGAGCUCGACUCUGCGCGCGCUGGAGGGCGAGCUGAAGGGCACCUACUACCCGCUGACCGGCAUGAACAAGAAGACUUAG